UAUAAGCAGGGCUAGACGGACCAGACCCAUCUCCAACCACCGGCGGCCUUUGGACCGCCCACGGACCGCGGAUCAUUUUUACGCUCUUAACCUUCUCCGCCUUAACCCUGUGUAAAUUCUGCGUGCAUUUCCUUUCUUCCUUCUCCAUCUCUUCCCUGUCUCUAGUAAUCGCAAAAACUCUCUCUCUACCAACUUCUACAUUCCCAGAUGGGAGACAACAAGCGCAAACGAGGCCGAAAGCCCAAAAACCGACUCACCGAAACCCUAGAUUUCCCAACCACCACCACCGCCGGCGACGGCGCCGGCGGAGCCUCAUCUUCCUCUCCCGCCAUCGACAACGACGUCGUCUUCUCCGUCACCAACGUCGAGCUCAUUGACAACAACCCCGCCACCACCCACCGCCGCCGCCGCGGCCGUCCCCGCAAAGACUCCGACCACUCCGACAAGACCGACAAAACCCUAGUUGCCUCUCCGACUCGGCGCAUCGAGAGCAAUGGCGUUCAUAAUUUGGUUUCGGUUGAGCAACCGUCGGCCGCCGCGACGCCGAGGUGGGAGAGUGUGGCGGUGGCGAAGGCAGUGCCGUCGAUGGACGCGGUGGUGAAGGUGUUUUGUACACACACGGAGCCGAAUUUCUCGCUGCCGUGGCAGAGGAAGAGACAGUACAGUUCGAGUAGUAGUGGGUUUGUGAUUGGUGGGAGGAGAGUUUUGACGAAUGCGCAUUCGGUGGAACAUUAUACGCAGGUGAAAUUGAAGAAGAGAGGGUCUGAUACCAAGUAUGUAGCCACUGUGCUGGCUAUUGGGACUGAAUGCGAUAUUGCCAUGCUUACAGUAGAGAGUGAUGAAUUUUGGGAAGGGGUUUCACCUGUGCAGUUUGGGGAUUUGCCUACACUUCAGGAUGCGGUGACAGUUGUGGGCUACCCAAUUGGGGGAGACACAAUUUCUGUAACAAGUGGGGUUGUUUCACGCAUAGAGAUUCUUUCUUAUGUUCAUGGAUCCACUGAGCUUCUAGGGUUGCAGAUAGAUGCUGCUAUAAACUCAGGAAAUUCUGGUGGACCUGCCUUCAAUGAUAAGGGGAAUUGUGUCGGUAUUGCGUUUCAGUCCCUUAAACAUGAAGAUGUGGAGAAUAUAGGUUAUGUCAUACCGACGCCAGUUAUCAUGCACUUCAUUCAGGAUUAUGAGAAGAAUGGAGCAUAUACAGGAUUUCCAAUACUCGGGGUUGAGUGGCAAAAGAUGGAAAAUCCUGAUAUGCGAAUUUCAAUGGGGAUGAAACCUGAUCAGAAAGGUGUUCGUAUACGAAGAAUUGAUCCCACUGCUACGGAAUCUGAGGUCCUGAAGCCAUCAGAUAUUAUACUCAGCUUUGAUGGGGUUGAUAUUGCCAAUGAUGGAACAGUUCCUUUUAGGCAUGGUGAGCGCAUAGGUUUUAGUUACCUUGUAUCCCAAAAAUAUACCGGAGAUAUUGCAGCAAUUAAAGUUCUCCGCAAUUCUGAAACUCUGAAAUUUAAUGUCAAACUUAAGAGUCACAGGAGGCUGAUUCCAGCGCACAACAAGGGCAGACCACCCUCAUAUUACAUCGUUGCAGGACUUGUUUUUACAACUGUUUCCGUUCCAUAUCUGCGUUCUGAGUAUGGUAAAGAUUAUGAAUACGAAGCUCCAGUCAAGCUGUUGGACAAACUCUUGCAUGAAAUGCCCAAAUCACAAGAUGAGCAGCUUGUUGUGAUUUCUCAGGUUCUUGUAGCUGACAUCAACAUUGGAUACGAGGAGAUUGUCAACACUCAGGUUCUUGCUUUUAAUGGUCAAACCGUGAAGAAUCUCAAGAGUUUGGUUAGCAUGGUUGAGAGCUGUGGUGAUGAGUUUUUGAAAUUUGAUUUGGACUACCAACAGAUAGUGGUCCUUCGAACAAAGGUAGCCAAAGCAGCAACACUAGACAUCCUCACAACACAUUGUAUACCUUCUGCCAUGUCCGAUGAUCUCAAGUCAUGAGAUCAGAUCAUCCCCCUUCGCCUCCAGCUACCCUGAUUUUGAUUUUUGAUUUUUGAUUUUGAUGAGGAAUGCAUUUCAGCUAGCAAUUUGUUGGUAGAUUUCAAGAUAUUGUCUAGUGAGGAGGUGCUGAGAGUGUAAGUAUAUCAAUUUAGUAGUCUGGUGUGUAUCUUGGUAGGAUUGAUGAUUUCUACUAUUUGUAAGGAGCAUAGAAGAGCGCGGAGGAACUAAAGUAGUUGAUAUUCAUUCAAUGUUUUUUCUCUUUUUCUUUUUCCAUGAAUCUAACAGGGCGAUUCAGGAAAUUGAUAGAAAUUUCAUUUUGGAGAUGCAUAUGAUGUUUACCAGAAAGUCUGAAAUGGACAAGAAAGACACCGGGAAGCUGAGAAAUCUGUAUGUCUCUGUCUAAUCUGUAUCUCUGUGUCUCGUGUUUUCAUUUUUGUUUUCUUUUAUUAUGUUUUAUGUCAUGAGAUUUCAACCUCUUGAACUCCCUAUAAAUAAAAUGUCGACAAAUAUAGAAUUAAAUGACAGAAAUUUUUUAAGAAUA